AUGGAAGACUACUGUGCGACGUCGCUCUUCCAACCUUCCAACCUGGCCAAGGCCCUGGAGGACACUAUGGACCCGUCGUCCGGGAGAUCUACCCAUUUAUUGGGCACCAUUGUCUCUAUUCCUCACACCAUCUCAGCUCGCACGCUGGCAGUCCUGGGUUAUGACUUUGUCAUGGUCGAUGCUCAGCAUACACCGAUUGAAGCUGAGAACCUCGUUCGCCUAAUCCAAACCGUCAGCCUCUCUAGCAAGGGAAGGACCGUCCCAAUCUGUCGAGUGCCGUCCGCUCACUCACAUUUACUGACGCAUGCUCUUGACGCGGGAGCCGGGGGCAUUAUCUUCCCACACAUUGAUACACCGGAGCAAGCCGCCGACGACGUCAGCAAGUGUCGGUAUGCAUACUCAAACGGUGACCGGUCAUUGGCUCCAGCAGCGUUAGUCCCUGGAGUUACAGAUGUGGCGCCACCAGGGUCUUCCCAUGAGCGCGUAGCGGACGAAAACAUUGCAGUGAUCAUCCAAAUCGAAAGUCCGCUUGCCCUUGACAAUGCCGACGCCAUAGCUGCAGUCCCUGGUGUGAAUGCCCUAAUGUUAGGGGCUGGCGAUCUUCGAGUUGCUAUGCGCUGUCCUCCGCGCCGGGUGGGCGACCCCGAAGAUCCAAAGAUAUUGGACGCCAUAGAUCGGUUGGUGAAGGUGUCGAAACGGCAUCAGAAGCCUUUGGCGGUGGUUACGUGCAAGGUGUCCGGGACAACGAAUACUUGGCUCAAAGACUUUCAGCUAUUGAUGGUAACAUCGGAUUACUUCAGCGUGGUGAAGGGACAUAAGGAGGAUUUAGCUCGUAUGAAGGAGACACUGGCGGAGGUGCAAGGGUUAAAAAAUUGA